CCCCAUUGAGUAGGUUAUGCGCCAUAUUGGCAGUCUCCUCCAUCUCACCAAACGUCGGGCAUGCACGUCUGUAACCGGUUAUUGAGGAGACCUCUGUAAAUACAUACAGGGCGCUACGAGCCGAAAUACAACACCAUGGAGGCCGUCAAAGCCUUUAACAAUGAGUUGUACUCAUUGAAUGAGUACAAGCCGCCGAUCUCCAAGGCCAAGAUGACCCAGAUCACCAAGUCUGGAAUAAAGGCUAUAAAAUUCUACAAGCACGUUGUCCAGAGUGUAGAGAAGUUCAUACAAAAGUGCAAGCCAGAAUACAAGGUCCCAGGGCUGUAUGUCAUCGACUCAAUUGUCAGACAGUCACGACACCAGUUUGGCACAGAGAAGGAUGUUUUUGCUCCACGCUUCAGCAAGAACAUCAUUGCGACGUUUCAGCAUCUCUACCGCUGCCCUUCAGAUGAUAAGAGUAAGAUAGUGAGAGUCCUGAAUCUAUGGCAAAAGAAUGCUGUCUUCAAGAGUGACAUCAUUCAGCCUCUGUUGGACAUGGCUGCAGGGAUUCCUCCUCCCAGCGUCACACCCGUCAUGCCCAGCAGUGCUUCCCAGGUCAACAACACCACCCCUGGCACCCCAGCUACACCAGCCACUCCAGCCAAUAUAGUCCAGGCUCUACCUGACUGGGCUUCCCAGAUUACCAACACAGACACUGUGGCUGCUGUUGCGCAGAUCUUACAGAGUCCCCAGGGACAACAGCUGCAGCAGCUGGUCCAGAGUCUGCAGAUGCAGCAACAGAAGCCUCAGCCAUCUCUGCUGCAGGCCUUGGAUGCUGGCCUGGUGGUGCAGUUGCAAGCUCUGACAGCUCAACUCACCGCCGCCGCUACAGCCAACAGCCUCAACCCUUUGGAGCAGCGGGUCUCCUCUUUUAAUAAGAAACUUUUGGGUCCUUUUGACUUUGGGAAUGAUUCUGAACGCGGCGAGGAGUCUAAGAAGGACAGCUCAUCAACUCAACUGCCCAUGGUGUCCGAGCCCAUGAACAGCUCCCUUUUCCAUCAGUUGGCCGAGCAACUACAACAGCAAAACCUGGAGCAGUUUCAGAAGCAGCUGCUUGAGCACCAACAGAAGGCAAUGAACAUAGAAGGACAGGACUCUAUCUUUGGACAAGAGAACUCGGUUGCGACUGCUCAGAGCAGCAGUCAGUCACAGCUUACUGAGCCAGAGAAUAAGGUGGAUGACUCCAUAGACAACCAGCAGGAGGACAUGGAUCUCGACGAGGGCCCUGAUGGGAUGGAAGAGGAGAUCUUUGAGACAGAGGAGAAAAAGACCUUAAGCACACGAUCCAGAACACGCUCAAGGUCACGCUCUAGGUCUCCCAAAAGGAGAAGGUCCAGAUCUCGCUCUGGCUCACGGAAACGUAAGCACCGCAAACGGUCACGGUCACGCUCCAGAGAUCGCAAGAGGAAAUCAUCUCGGUCGUACUCAAGUGAACGUCGCGCCAGAGAACGGGAAAAGGAGAGGCAGAAGAAAGGGCUGCCUCCCAUAAGAUCCAAGACACUAAGUGUGUGCAGCACUACUCUGUGGGUGGGCCAAGUGGACAAAAAGGCAACUCAGCAAGACCUCACCAAUCUGUUUGAAGAGUUUGGCCAGAUAGAGUCCAUCAAUAUGAUCCCUCCCAGAGGCUGUGCCUACAUCUGUAUGGUCCACAGACAGGAUGCAUACCGUGCCCGCCAGAAGCUCAGUACUGGCUCUUUUAAGAUUGGCUCCAAGAUCAUUAAGAUUGCAUGGGCUCUGAACAAAGGUGUGAAGCAGGAGUACAAGCAGUUUUGGGAUGUGGACCUGGGUGUCACCUACAUACCGUGGGAGAAAGUGAAGCUGGACGAUCUGGAUGGCUUUGCUGAAGGAGGAAUCAUUGACCAGGAGACAGUCAAUGAUGAGUGGGAAGCAGCUAAAAAUUCUGAACCAGCCAAGGAAGCUACAAGUCAGCAAGUAAGCGCUGAGACCGCAGCAGCAUCUAACACCCAAACUGAGACGUACAACCAGCAGGUCACCAUGAUGCCUGUACAGCUUUCAGUGCCGCAGGCAGUUCCCAGUGCUGUAGGCUUGGUGCCUCCCACUUUCCCUGUCACUAUGAGUAUACCCCCACCAGGCUACGGGCCACCACCACCCUUCAUAAGGGCUGGCUUCAACGCCUCACAGCCUCCACCAGGUUUCCUGCAGGCUGCACACACAGCAGCAAUGGCUUCAGCAACUACUUCUCUAGUCCAGCCGUCAAUGGCCUCCAGCCAAGACGUCAAGGAAUCACCAUUCAGUGCAAUGAUUCCUCCAACAAGCAUCCCUGGCAGCUUCAUGCCCACAGCCAUCCCCGGAGCUGGUGUGUUCAACCCGGUGGGAGUCCAAACUCAGCAGUCCGCUAAUGACAAGACUCCACAGUCUGCAGAGGGUAUGGAUGCUGCUGCAGAACUUACUCUGCAAGGUAUGCAGAAUGCAGUCCGUAGUGGGAUGGGUCUUCUUGGCAUGCAUCCUACAGCUUCCCUCACACACACGCUGCAUCAGUCCGGUCUGGGUGGGCAGAGAAUGCCCGGGCUGCUGCCCCUGGAUGUGCGACCCAACCUCCUCCAGUCUGGUGCAGCUGCCCGCUUCCCCCUCCUCAUGCAACAGGGUCCCGCACAACAAGCUGCCGGCCUCCUCGACGCCUCCCUCCAGGCUCAGGCCCGUGCCAGGGCCCCCUUCGCUCAGCUCGACCCCUUCAACAGGGCCCCCAACAUCAACAAUGAAAACGUGUCUAAAACAGAAGAUGAACCUUCCACUGGGGCUGAUGAGGGCAAAGACCAGGACUACCGCUUCCCCCCGAUGGAAAAGCAGAGCACAGGCCUGCUGCGGACGCCUCCGCCGGAGCAUCGGGAGCCACUGGGAGGUGGCGGAGGCGCGGGAGGUGUCAGGCCGCCGUUGCUCCAGACGCCAGGGAACCCUCCAGCCAGAUCCAGCCUAGUGGGACGUCUGCAGGCCCUCGCAGGCUUCACUCCUGAUAACCACUGGAACCAAACCAGAGGGGACUUUGAUGAAAGAGAUGGCAUGCGCGGAGGCUCACAGACCCCAGGUGGUCCAAAAGGCUUCCAGGACGACCGCCAGAAUUUCCCGAACCGCUUUGACAACCGUCCUGGGACGGCAGGGGGGGCGGCUGGUGCUUCUGGAAACGCUGGAUCUGCUGGGGGGGCGCAGCCCUGGAACCGUAGCGGCGGUGCCGCAGCUCCCUUUGACAGUGAACUUCACCAAGACCUCGAUGAACGAAGGCGUCCGUGGGAGAGACAAAGAGACAGAGAUGAAAGAGAUUUUGACUUCAGGAGAGAGAUGAAUGGCAGCCGCCACAGCCGGGAGAGAGAGCGCGAGAGGGAGCGAGAGAGGGACAGAGACAGAGACAGAGACAGAGAUCGCGGCCGAGACCGCACCAGAGAGCAUGAACGAGACAGAGACCACGACAAAGAUAGGGAUCGCGAACGUGGGAGCUGGACGCCUCUCCUCCCUCUCCCUACACCCCUGCUUCCAACUCCAACUCUUAAUCCUAACCUCGCACUGAACCAAGGCAAACUGCUCCCCCCUCUCAAACUGAACCCUCAGAUUCAGUCCCGAUUCCAGUCCCCUCUUUUGCCUCAGGCUCAGGCCAAACCUCCUCUCCUGGGUUUGAAUCAGCUGCUGCCUCAGGUUCCUCCUCCUUUACAGAGCCAGGCAGCCGCGUCCAAGCCCCAGUCAGAAAGCCCUGUCCAAUCUGAGACAUCUCAGACGCAGUCGCCACCUUCAGCCCAUUCACCGCCCUCAACCCACUCACCGGAGCCGUCAUCCGACAACAGCGGUCAGAGCACGCAGACCGAGGCUCCCGCUCAGUCCGAGUCUCCGCAGCCAGAGGCCCCCGCACACACACAGUCCGCAUCCCAGCCCACAGCCGAAUCCCCCUCCCCCAAAGCCACUCCUUCUCCCGACGUAGAGACCCCAAGCAACGCCUCACCGCUGGCCGAGGCCUCGUCCCAGGACUCACUUGCGGCCUUCGCACAAGCUACCAGCCCCCCUGAGGAUUCGGUUCACUCUCUGGAGGAGCAGGAGAGCCCGCAGAGGGACGAGGAGGAGUCACAAGAGGGAGCUUCCUCGCCCCAACCCGAGUGGGCCAAUGGACCCGCGAUGGACAAUAUUGCUAUGGCUGAGCCCACGCCCGAGGCCUCGCCCGAGCCCGCACCAGACCCUUCCUUUGAUUCUUUGCUCCCUGAAAGUGAAACAGAGUCACAACAGGAGCUGCCUGCCUCUCCUAAGGACGCAGACAAUGAACAGAGUGAGCCCAUGGAGGAAGCUGCGAGUCAGCCAGUGGUAGACACUGUCACAGACACUGAGGGGACAUAAUCAUCACUCAGUAGGUAAAAGAUCAUUUUGUAAAGUUGUCUCUUCUUCUCUGUGCUCAUGUCAGAUAAACCACCCCCACAACACGGGACAUGACGAAUACUGACUCACACCAGUUAUUGUCUAAUAACAAAUGAUUUUAUCUCUCACGAUUACCAGUGUACUUAAAUAGAAGGCUCUUAGCUGUUUUAUGGAUAGAACAUUUUGUUUGUAUUUUAUUUCCUUUUUCCUUUUUUAAAUUUUAAUGCCACGUCACCCAUUUUAAUUAAUGUAAGCUUGGUAAAUCUAUUCAAUUGCCUGCCAAAAUGUUUCAAUUGUAUAUGGGGAAAAUUAGCUUUGACCUUCCUAUGGAAGAGAGUAAUAACUCCUGGCUGAUCGACAACGGAUUGAAUGCAAAGACAUGUGAUACUUGAACAAGGCAGCUGCUGGCCCCGAUUUCUGUCUGCUCUCCUUUUAAAAUGCUGCUGCAGUUUUUAAUGAAUGCUUUUGUGCUGUCCUACAAUGCUUUCUUUUUCUAAGCAGAACAAAUAGCCCACAUACAGCGAGACCAGCACAGCUGCUUGUAAUUGGAGAAACAUUUUUGAAAUUGAAAAACAUGAAAAUGUUGUAUCCCCAAAAAUAAAUGUGUGUAAUUUGUUUUUAAUUAUUCAGUGAACACAAACAGAGAAAUGACAUGAGAGGGGGAAGGAAAAGAAAAUGAACAGAGGGAUGUUCUGAUGUCGGGUGCAUAUUGUUUUAGUAUGAAAUAAACAUGCUUUGUCUGUUUCAAAACACAUGCUUUUAGGACUGUUUUCUGACCCAGGACCAUUGGAAAAAACGCAUACCGCUUUACAGACUCGUACACACUGUGUGCUGUCACUUCAGUCGAUUUGAUGUUCUCGCAACUCAAGUUGCUGCUAUACCAUCCAUCCACAGAGCACUUUGUUGGAUGCAACCGUGGGACUUGUAGCUUUUAGUUUCUGAUGACUUCAGCCUGUACGUUUCCCUAAGCGUUUGCUGGGUGACUGUUGAGGAUGGGAUUGUGCCUUUUCUUUGAAUGGACUUGUCGUUCACGAUGUUACCCAACGCUACUGUGUGACGUACGCCAGACUGUGCGUGCGGCUGGGUUUCAGACAGCUCUCUGAAACAGACGCUGCCCGCACAGAAUUGACUGACCUACCGCUUGAAUGGUAGCCGCGCAGUUUGUACAGCACCCGCCUAGAGGAGAACAAUAUAUAUAUAUAUAUAUAUAUACCCCAUCGUUCUGUGCAUGCAGGCCUGUAGCCAUGUUUUAACCCUUCUGUCUCUCCUGUUCAUUUCAUACUUGUAGUGGUUUUCUGUUGAGACGUACUACUAGAAAUCCGUAGUCUGCUGUUCUCUCAGACCAAAUGUCUACUACAGGAGAUGUGAUGUUGAAUAAAAGUUGAAGGUGCAUCAGA